AUGCCAAAUUACCUAGUCACCCUGUCGGCCAUCACGUACUGUUUGCGUUGUCUGGUCGAUCGAGACAUUCCGUUGAAUAAUGGCUGCUUGGUGCCGGUGAAGAUUGUGAUCCCGCCCAACACAAUCCUAUCCCCGUCGGAGAAUGCCCCGGUCGUGGCCGGAAAUGUAUUGACAAGCCAACGAAUCUGUGACGUCGUCUUCAAGGCGUUCCAUGCCGUUGCGGCGAGUCAAGGCUGCAUGAACAACGUGACGUUCGGCGACAACGAGUUCGGGAUUACGGAUCCAGAGAUCCUGGAAACGAGAUACCCGAUCAUCCUCCGGGAAUUCGGAUUGCGCCUCGAGUCUGGCGGUCGGGGUAAGUAUCGCGGAGGUGACGGUGUCAUCAGAAGGCUUCUCUUCCGCAAGGAGCUCCAGCUGUCCUUGCUGACCGAGAGGAGAACCUUUGCCCCCUAUGGCCUCUUCGGCGGGGAGCCGGGACGUCGUGGU